GCGGCGCGGCUGGCUGUAUAUAUCUCCGCGCACCCCGCCAGGUCGCGCACAGCGCCCCGAGCCCAGGCGCCUCCCCGCCCCCCUCCCCGCGCUCCGCGGCGGCGGCGGCGGCAGCAGGAGCAGCAAUAUGGCUGUUGAUGGGUGUUCGGGGUGGCGCUGGCGGCGGGUGGAGCUCCCCCGAGCCCCUGCGCCCGCUGCCCGUUGCUAGCUAUGGCAAAUGGUGGCGGCGGCGGCGGCGGCAGCAGCAGCGGCGGCGACGGCGGCGGCGGCGGAGGCAGCAGUCUUAGAAUGAGUAGCAAUAUCCACGCGAACCAUCUCAGCCUAGACGCGUCCUCCUCCUCCUCCUCUUCCUCCUCUUCUUCAUCCUCCUCUUCUUCGUCCUCGGUCCACGAGCCCAAGAUGGAUGCGCUCAUCAUCCCGGUGACCAUGGAGGUGCCGUGCGACAGCCGGGGCCAGCGCAUGUGGUGGGCUUUCCUGGCCUCCUCCAUGGUGACUUUCUUCGGGGGCCUCUUCAUCAUCCUGCUCUGGCGGACGCUCAAGUACCUGUGGACCGUUUGCUGCCACUGCGGGGGCAAGACGAAGGAGGCCCAGAAGAUUAACAAUGGCUCCAGCCAGGCUGAUGGCACUCUCAAACCAGUGGACGAGAAAGAGGAGGUGGUGGCAGCCGAGGUCGGCUGGAUGACCUCCGUGAAGGACUGGGCGGGGGUGAUGAUCUCUGCCCAGACACUGACCGGCCGAGUUCUGGUUGUCUUAGUCUUCGCUCUCAGCAUUGGUGCACUUGUAAUAUACUUCAUAGAUUCGUCAAACCCCAUAGAAUCCUGCCAGAAUUUCUACAAAGAUUUCACAUUACAGAUCGACAUGGCUUUCAACGUGUUCUUCCUUCUCUACUUUGGCUUGCGGUUUAUUGCAGCCAACGACAAGCUGUGGUUCUGGCUGGAAGUGAACUCUGUGGUGGAUUUCUUCACGGUCCCCCCGGUGUUUGUGUCUGUGUACUUAAACAGAAGUUGGCUUGGUUUGAGAUUUUUACGAGCUCUCAGACUGAUCCAGUUUUCAGAAAUUUUGCAGUUUCUGAAUAUCCUUAAGACAAGUAAUUCCAUCAAGCUGGUGAAUCUGCUCUCCAUAUUUAUCAGCACGUGGCUCACCGCAGCCGGGUUCAUCCAUUUGGUGGAGAAUUCAGGGGACCCAUGGGAAAAUUUCCAAAACAACCAGGCGCUUACGUACUGGGAAUGUGUCUACUUGCUCAUGGUCACCAUGUCCACCGUUGGCUAUGGGGACGUUUACGCGAAAACCACGCUCGGACGCCUCUUCAUGGUCUUCUUCAUCCUCGGGGGACUGGCCAUGUUUGCCAGCUACGUCCCUGAAAUCAUAGAGUUAAUAGGAAACCGCAAGAAAUACGGGGGCUCCUAUAGUGCGGUUAGUGGAAGAAAGCACAUUGUGGUCUGUGGACACAUCACUCUGGAGAGUGUCUCCAAUUUCCUGAAGGACUUCCUGCACAAGGACCGGGACGAUGUCAACGUGGAGAUCGUCUUUCUUCACAACAUUUCUCCCAACCUGGAGCUGGAAGCUCUAUUCAAACGACAUUUUACUCAGGUGGAAUUUUAUCAGGGUUCAGUCCUCAAUCCACAUGAUCUUGCAAGAGUCAAGAUAGAGUCAGCAGAUGCGUGCCUCAUCCUUGCCAAUAAGUACUGCGCAGACCCCGACGCUGAAGAUGCCUCCAACAUCAUGAGAGUCAUCUCCAUAAAGAACUACCACCCGAAGAUAAGAAUCAUCACUCAGAUGCUGCAGUAUCACAACAAGGCCCAUCUGCUAAACAUCCCGAGCUGGAACUGGAAAGAGGGUGAUGAUGCAAUCUGCCUCGCCGAGCUGAAGCUGGGGUUCAUAGCCCAGAGCUGCCUGGCCCAGGGCCUGUCCACCAUGCUCGCCAACCUCUUCUCCAUGAGGUCAUUCAUAAAGAUUGAGGAAGACACGUGGCAGAAAUACUACUUGGAAGGAGUCUCCAAUGAAAUGUACACAGAGUAUCUCUCCAGUGCCUUCGUGGGUCUGUCCUUCCCUACUGUUUGUGAGCUGUGUUUUGUGAAGCUCAAGCUCCUCAUGAUAGCCAUUGAAUACAAGUCCGCCAACCGAGAGAGCCGAAGCCGAAAGCGUAUAUUAAUUAAUCCUGGAAACCAUCUUAAGAUCCAAGAAGGUACUUUAGGAUUUUUCAUCGCAAGUGAUGCCAAAGAAGUUAAAAGGGCAUUUUUUUACUGCAAGGCCUGUCAUGAUGACAUCACAGAUCCCAAAAGAAUAAAAAAAUGCGGCUGCAAACGGCCCAAGAUGUCCAUCUACAAGAGAAUGAGACGGGCAUGUUGUUUUGAUUGCGGACGUUCUGAGCGUGACUGCUCAUGCAUGUCAGGCCGUGUGCGUGGUAACGUGGACACCCUUGAGCGAGCCUUCCCACUUUCUUCUGUCUCUGUUAAUGAUUGCCCCACCAGUAUCCGUGCCUUUGAAGAUGAGCAGCCCUCGACGCUGUCACCCAAAAAAAAGCAGCGGAAUGGAGGCAUGCGGAACUCCCCCGGCUCCUCGCCCAAGCUGAUGAGGCAUGACCCCUUGUUAAUUCCCGGCAAUGAUCAGAUUGACAACAUGGACUCCAACGUGAAGAAGUACGACUCUACUGGGAUGUUUCACUGGUGCGCACCCAAGGAGAUAGAGAAAGUCAUCCUGACUCGAAGUGAAGCCGCCAUGACUGUCCUGAGUGGCCACGUGGUGGUCUGCAUCUUCGGCGAUGUCAGCUCAGCCCUGAUUGGCCUCCGGAACCUGGUGAUGCCACUCCGCGCCAGCAACUUUCAUUACCAUGAGCUCAAGCACAUCGUGUUCGUGGGCUCCAUCGAGUACCUCAAGCGGGAAUGGGAGACGCUUCACAACUUCCCCAAAGUGUCCAUUUUGCCUGGUACGCCAUUAAGUCGGGCUGAUUUAAGGGCCGUCAACAUCAACCUCUGUGACAUGUGCGUUAUCCUGUCAGCCAAUCAGAAUAAUAUUGAUGAUACUUCGCUGCAGGACAAGGAAUGCAUCUUGGCGUCACUCAACAUCAAAUCUAUGCAGUUUGAUGACAGCAUCGGGGUCUUGCAGGCGAAUUCCCAAGGGUUCACACCUCCAGGAAUGGACAGAACCUCGCCAGACAACAGCCCAGUGCACGGGAUGUUGCGUCAGCCGUCCAUCACAACUGGGGUCAACAUCCCCAUCAUCACUGAACUAGCUAAACCUGGCAAGUUGCCUUUGGUAUCAGUCAAUCAGGAAAAAAACAGUGGGACGCACAUUCUAAUGAUAACUGAACUGGUGAACGAUACUAAUGUUCAAUUUCUGGACCAAGACGAUGAUGAUGACCCCGACACAGAGCUGUACCUCACACAGCCAUUUGCCUGUGGGACAGCAUUUGCCGUCAGCGUCCUGGACUCUCUCAUGAGUGCGACAUACUUCAAUGACAAUAUCCUUACCCUGAUCCGGACCCUGGUGACAGGAGGAGCCACGCCGGAGCUCGAGGCUCUGAUUGCGGAGGAGAAUGCGCUUCGAGGGGGCUACAGCACCCCCCAGACGCUGGCCAACAGGGACCGCUGCCGCGUGGCCCAGCUAGCGCUGCUGGACGGGCCCUUUGCGGACUUGGGGGAUGGCGGUUGUUAUGGUGAUCUGUUCUGCAAAGCUCUGAAAACAUAUAAUAUGCUUUGUUUUGGAAUUUACCGGCUGAGAGAUGCUCACCUCAGCACCCCCAGCCAGUGCACGAAGAGGUAUGUCAUCACCAACCCCCCGUACGAGUUUGAGCUCGUGCCGACGGACCUGAUCUUCUGCUUAAUGCAGUUUGACCACAACGCCGGCCAGUCCCGGGCCAGCCUCUCCCAUUCCUCCCACUCGUCCCAAUCCUCCAGCAAGAAGAGCUCCUCCGUUCACUCCAUCCCGUCCACAGCAAACCGACCGAACCGGCCCAAGUCCCGGGAGUCCCGAGACAAACAGAAUGCAACAAGGAUGAAUAGAAUGGGCCAAGCAGAAAAGAAAUGGUUUACAGAUGAACCGGAUAAUGCCUAUCCCAGAAACAUUCAAAUCAAGCCCAUGAGUACCCACAUGGCUAACCAGAUCAACCAAUAUAAAUCCACAAGCAGCUUGAUUCCACCAAUCAGAGAAGUUGAAGAUGAAUGUUGACUCCCAGGAGACCAGAACUAUUUUUUUAAAGCCUGACAAACUUCAUAAAUGGUGAUGUGACUUUUCUUCCUCUUACAUACUGAAUCACUGGUGGAAACCUUAGGAUAAGUGAGAUUUGCAAGAAAGAUAAAGUAGACAGAUCUUUCUCUUUGUUUGCCUUGAAUAUUGCUUCCAUGUAUUUUGGAGAAGAAAAUGAUUUCAUUUAUAAAUGAAUAUACUAAAAUAGUCAUGUAUAGCCUCUAGCAUUUUAAAUUAUUUUUAUUUAUUAGAAAGAAAAUAUAUUUUUUUUCUUUUUUUUUUUUUCAUUGUCAAAUAUCUUCCCUAGAUCUAUACAAUGCAAAAUCAAAAUGAAUAUGUGGCCAGACUCCUUAAUGCAUAUUUCUCUUCUUUCUCUCUUUUACUUUGGGGAGAAUGAUGGUCACCACCACAAUUAAUUAUAACGAAAGGAAAUGGAUUAUUUUAAAAAAAAACUUUUAAUGGUUCAAUGAUGUAAACAUGUAUUUUAGUAAAUUCAAAAAAAAAAAAGAAGAUGAAAGGGGGCAGGAUGGGUGUGUAUUUUGGCUGCUCUGACACCAGCUCUUAAUAAAUGGAGACAUUUAUUUUCACAGUUGAAAGUCAUAUUUUUGUAGUUUUAGUUUUCAUUCUGUAUUUCUUAUCCCUUCGUUCAUAUACUUAAAGGGAAGACCUCACAGCUUUUCUACAAUUGCCAGGUCAGGUUCAGCCCGCCACUGACAGCACCCGGAGAGGGGUGAGCACGCUGGGACGUGGACACUGAGGGCCAGAUGCACAGGAGACGUGGCUCUGCCUAUUGUCUUAGUGGUGGGGACUCCUCAGCUGUUAUGCUUCUCACUUCAUAGCUCUGAACCACCCUCAGAAGUGAUUUCAACCAUGAAAGGGUCUGGGGGGCUGUCCCCACUCCCCAUGUCAGAGAUUUUACCCUGAAAGUUUGUAAACACUAAUGAAUCCUUUUGUGUAACAAUAGGAUGUGAUACUACAUUCAUUCUUUUCACUGAAUUUUGUGUUUUAAAGCCAGAUAUUUUCUAUAAUCAAGGAGAUGACUUUUGCCAGAUUUUAGCUCUUCGGGCUUUCUUUCAGUCGCUGGGACAAAACCCACAAACUUGCUACAGCAAUGUAAAAAUUAAUAACAAAAGGAAAGCAACAAAUGCACUUAAAACAGACUGUUAGGAAAGGCCUUUGAAAUUUACCAGCAAUGAAAUCAAAUGUAUCAGCCACUUCAAACUUUGGUCAAAAUUCGUUCUAGCCACCAGACACAGUUCCCACGUCUCAGAGCCCUGCUGUGGCUUGCAUGCCCAGUGUACAGUGGUCCCGGCAGCUGUUAUAUUUCAAACAAUUGAGCAAGUCUUUUAAUUACAGGAUUAUCCAUUUUUGAUACAGUCAGCAGGGUCUCUGGAGAAGCAUGGAUGUGACAGUAAUUUUUAUUUCCUUAAAAAUGUAAACUGUGGACACUUGAAGAAACCAAACUUACCAAAAUAUCCCCCCAAAGUCCCAUAAUAUUCCAUUAAUUCUUUAGGCCAUGACCCUGUGGUACCUAGUACGUUAGUGCAAAUCAGAUCAGAGGCAAGCCAUGCAAUCACCAUGGAAACAUAUGCCCACUAAGUCCUCCAAUUACAACGUAGGCAAAAUGAGCUUCCGCCUCUGUCCACUCCCUGCGGAGCCAAUGUCCUCGUGCUUGUCGGCGCCGUCCUGAAGUGACUUGUCAGACUGUGUCGUCACAUUCUGUAGCAUUAGCUCUAUAAAAGUAUUGUGAAUAUAAUGUAUGUCCAAUUGGGUUGUUUAAAAACUACUUAUAACCAAUCGCUAGCCUCCUCAGCAGACUACAAUGACGUCAGCAGUCUCUAUUCAGGCUUCUAGGCAUCUCCUGGUUUCCACUGUGGGGCGGGUCUCUGGCUGGGUUUUGACAGCUUUCCUGGGAGCCGGGCCUACUUUUACAUAUGAUUUUGCAUUGGGCUGUCCUUAGCACAUGCACACCAAGCCACGCUCUUCUUUCCUUCAUGAACCCCGGUGGACUCUUCCCCACUCGUGUUCCUGACAGUCAUUUCUGAAUUUGUCCUGUUUGGUCUCCUUCCAGGGGGUGAUGGUGGCCACCUCAAUGACCUUAGAGGAACUUAGGCCACUGAGUCCCUUGUCCGCUGCCCUCUCCUCCUCUGGCCACACCAGUCAGUCUGAAAGCAGUAAACACCCAGCCCAUCAUUGCUGGAGACCGGAAUCUGAAUUUUUUUUUUCUUUUUUAGUAAAAAGCUAAGAUGGUUUUCUACAGCAAAGGAUACCCCCCCACC